CCGCACUGAGACACACUGGCGCAAACGACAGUCUGAGCUUAAGGAGGAACCAAAUGCACCAUCUAAAUAGAGUGCUAUUUAAAAACAUCCAGUUUGUGGAUCCUUAGUGGUCUGUGUUCAGGCGCACAGUGAGUUACAAGUUUUUUUUGUUGGAUAAGCGUGUGUACCAUUUGAAGUGACCGUGCAUCAAUCUGUGUCACGCAUCGACAGUUAUCAAUUGUUCGUGCAAGCUGACCGCGGUCCUUUAGCGACUCAGACAGGGGGAGCUUUCUCGUUGCUCGUGGAUACCUUUUCUAUACCUCACAGAGAAAGACCAGAUGUACGGUCCAGAGCCGAAUAUUUCUUAGGCUGUUCCCUCCUGAUCCCUCGUGAAAGCUCUUUGAGGACAACACUCACUUCUACACGCAUUAAGGACUUCUUUGAGGGGCUCUCGCUUGUGCGCAAAGCCAGAGUUGAAACUUUUGAACGGACACUUAAUCAACAUGACGGAGAACAACGAGAUGGAGAACGAGUCACAACCCCACUGUACACUUCAGCGGUCACCAAGCACUAUGUCCAUCACGCCUGUGACUAAGCUCCAGCGUCUGAAAUGUUCGCUCAAAUUCAUGCGAAGCAAGAGUGUGGAGAACUUCUUCCAGCGCUCGUACAGUGAUGCCCGCUUGCCCGCGGACUUCCAGGCGGACCCGCCGCCGCCCUCACCGCCCCUGUUGCCGGGCACCCCGUUCCCCAGCGGCUUCCCUCCGUCGCCGUCGCUCUCGGUCAGCCCCAACCCCUCCUCCAGCCCGACCCCCUCCAUCGCCCCCCCGCGCCCCCAGCUCACACACUGCCUCCUGGAACACGUGUUCCGUCGGCCCACCAGCUGCCAGCUCUGCAAGCACGUCAUUGUGGGGAACUCCAAGCAGGGGCUUCGCUGUAAGAACUGUAAGAUGGGAGCACACCUCUGGUGCUCCUCAGAACUCUCACAGCAGCCUUGUCAAGGAAAGUCUGGGAUGUUCAAACGCAAUUUUAGCUCUCCGUUGCUAGGCAACGAUCAGCUGGGCGUGGUCAAAGAGACUCAACCAGAGCCUACCCCAGACGCAAGGGCUCGUAUGGAUCCGAUCUACGCAGCUCUGCGCUAUGGCACCACUCUGGCUCAAAUGAGUCGCUCCAGUUUUGGGAGUGUGUGUGAGUCUCCUACCCGCAGCCUGGGAGAAGGGGGGGAGGAGGGGGAGGAGACAGAAGAGAAGGAUGAGAAGGAUGAGAGAGACGAGAUGGAGGACAGCGAGGAGGGACAGGCAGGCCUGGACGAAGAGGCUAUCUGCGAGGCCGGAGACAGCGAUUGCCCCUUUGCUGAGCCUGAGAAGACAGAAGAAGCUGAAGAUGCUGUGAAAGUGCCCAGACAGGUGCACUCCAUCCAUACUUAUGUUGCGCUCUACAAGUUUCUGCCACAGGAGCCGAAUGACCUUGAACUCCAUCCUGGCGACAGGGUUCAGGUGACCGAUGACUCCAAUGAGGAGUGGUGGAAGGGCAGGUGUGGGGACAAGCUGGGCUUCUUCCCGGCUAACUUUGUCCAGCGGGUCCGUCCCGGUGAAAGGGUGUGGCGGGUGAUGCAGGGUGUCCAUGGCAACCGGGAGAUGGGUCACAUGGCAGUGAAAGAGUCACAGAUUUGUGUUGGGAGGAACGAGGACAGCGAUGGCUUCCUGAAGCUGAGCAGUGGGAAAAAGAGGGGUCUGGUCCCAGCCGACUCCCUGGAGGAGAUUUGACAUCAGCUCCUAACCCCUCAGAGCUGCCCUCAGACAUCUGCACAACACCUCCCUCACAAUACACACACCCCCACACCCCCCACCCAUUUUUGUCCCACCCAGGUAUCCGUAGGCCAGCCGUGCCAGUCCUGCGUAUGUCCAGUGGUUUAGUUCUGCUGUCCAUGUUAGCGCUGCUGCACUGCCGUCUCUCCACACCGCUGCCCAGUCGAAGCCUCCGCACGUCGGCUCUGUCACAUGCACCCGAUCCUCCCCUGUGUGGCCGUCCCGACACUCGCCUAGUCCAAACAGCCCAGCCCAAAUCCCCAGAAAUCUCAGAGAUAUUCACAUCCACACACACACACAGACAGGUGUAGAUAUAGUCAACCACACAGACACACACACGCACACUCACGCACACAUUUACAUUCAUACACACACAGAUUCCCCCUUAUUACACACAGACACCCAGACACACACACUUAUCCAAGUAUACCUGUAUCUGGAGACUUACUAACAGCCAGCACCUGCCUUUUUGUGUGUCCAGACUGCGUGUCCUGUAGCCCAGUGCUCUGUCCUCUAACCUCCAUGGAGACAGGUGACGUGGUCCUCCAGAGAACUCUCUCUCCACGACCCUGUUGACUGUGACACUCUCUAGCUAUCAGCCAUUGGGGGGAGACAAAUGAAUGGCAAGAAGGAAAGAAGAGGAUUUUAAAGACUUCAUGGAACUGAGUCAUUGUACCCGAGGAAAAGGGACGACUACUUAUGAAUGUAUGAAUUAG